UUCUACAGCUUCACAAACAUUCUCUUCUGUUGACUGAUAUAAAGUCCUGGAGCUUCUUCAAAGCUUCACUGAUAUGACUUUAGUGUUGCUUUUAUCAUUUCUAAGGACUGUGUGAUCUUUCAGCAUGAUUUUUGCAUUAGGAUAUUUUCUUUCUGUGUUGUUGGGGACACAGGGUUUCAACACACAACAUUCUAUUGAACCACAGGCAGACUUUGAUCUGGAGAAAUUCACAGGUGAAUGGUACCGACUUGGAGUUGCAGAUGAAUCAAACACAUUUGCCAUGUUAAAACACCAUUUGAAGGUUUCUAAAGGUUUGCUGGUAGCAGAUGCCAGUGGAAAUGUGAAUCUCACCAUGUGGACAAUGAGACCAUAUGGAUGUUCUAUCAGUGUUUAUUCGUAUGAGAAGACAGACGUUCCAGGAGCAUUUACAUAUUUCAGCAAAAGACACAAAAUAAUAAAAGACAUCACCAUGGUGGAGACCAAUUACACCGAUUACAGUUUGGUCCUUAAAUACAAAAGCAUGGACAAAGAGUACACUCAGAUAGCUCUGUACGCACGAUCAGCUACACCAACACUAGAAGUGAUUCAGAAAUUCAGAUCCUUUGCAUUGACAGUGGGAUUUUCGGAAGAGGCCAUAAUGGUUCCAGCGGACAUUGAUCACUGUCCUAACCUUGAAACAAGGAAUACAGCAGAAUUCAGAGAGGAGAAAUCUGCACAAACAACUAAUCAAUCAAUCUUUGGCACUGUUUCCAAUGUGUGAUCUGUCUGAUGUUUUUUAAUAGUUAACUUUAUAACUAACUUUAUACUUUCGCCAUCUUUCAGCCAGCUGUGGACCUUUGGUUACAUAUACUCAGUUUUGUUACACAUUUGGGCAACAAUGUUUGUUUUAACGAAAACCGUCAUUGAAGAAAUGCAACUAUAUAACAUCAGCAAACCAUUCAUUAACCACUAGGUGGCGCUAUUGUAACGGAACACCAUCAACCAGAAGAAACUUUUUUGACAGACACUUAAUAAUGGAGAUAUGAUACUGUUCAAUCUUCAUCAGAUCAUUUAUAUCAAGUGAUUAUUGUAAAUAUUCACUAUAAUUGCAUAUGCUCAAUAAACUCUACUGUUUUUACCAUUAUAACAUCAGUUGCUUUAAAAAGUUUGCUCUAAAAAUACACAAAGUCUACACAGGUUAUUAUUUGUCUAACACUUGCGAGUUUUAUGCGUAACGUUAUGAAACUGAAUGGAUAUAAAAACAGGUUAUAACUGCACAUUUCGUAGUUGAAUAGGUUCAUUUAUAUUAUUGUUAUAUUAUUACUGUAUAUAAAAUGACAUGGUUUUAUGCACACAUGCUUUGUUUAUACAGAAAUAAAGAAGUAAUGACGAAUCCA